UGAUGGAAAUAGUGGUUAUCAAGUAUAAUAUGCUAAUCCGGAGUACUGAUGAGUUGUGUCCGAGAAUUAGGAAACGUUUAGAGAAGGAGAAGGAGGUUGCUAGGCUGUUUGUAUCUAGACAAUCUCACAAUAUGAGAUGUGAAGUGGAAAUGGGGGAUGAAGGGUACAUUGUAGACCUGACUUUGAAGGAGUGCAGCUAUGGUUAUUGGCAGUUGAGUGGGCUGCCAUGCUGUCAUGCAGUUUCUGCUAUCAGCCACUUGAGGAAGAAUCCGGAUGAUUAUGUUCAUCCUUCCUACCUUGUUCGGAAUGUGGAGGAGUGCUACAAGGGAAUGACUACAAGGAAUGGAGCUGCUGCCAGAAGGAAUGAAGCUGCUGCUGCUGCCAGAAGGAAUGGAGUUGCUGCUGCCAGAAGAAUUGGAGCUGCUGCUAAUCCACCUAAUGAGAGUCAACCAAGACAGAGGAGAGGCAAUCACUGCUCCAAGUGUGGCUCGGCCACACACAAUGCCAGAACAUGUCCAUUGAACAGGGGAGUGGGAAUACAAGAUGUGAGGUUGAAUGUUGGCGAUCGUUUUACAAUUGAAAGGGAGCUUCGUCAAGCAACAAGAGUAAUUGGUGUUUAUGUUGAUGAGACCACUGGUAAUCAAUAUGUUAGGCUGAAUGGGGCAAAUGGGAGAUUUGUUGGGAAUCCACCUCCAACCCAGCCUACUGAGAUGGAUAUGCCAGGGAGCCAGCCGCCACCAACCCAACCUUAGAAGUGUAGUUAACUUCUCAUGAGUCCAAAUUUUGUACAGGGCAUCCAACCCUUGCUUAGAAGCAGCUUUGUCGACUCAUGUAAUUCUGCUAAGACAAUUUAUGUUAAGUUUUAGGCUUGUUUGCUAGGUGUAGCUGAAGGAAACUCUCUAUCUUAGGUUGAUGUUGAACUCAAAUGUCAGAAUGUAAUCAGGAACUAACUAUCAUGCUCGUUAAUGUGUGCUCCAGACUAUUGUAGAAACGGGAUGAUUUUGCAAGGAUUAUGUUAGGUUCAAUCGUUCCAUGCUAUCUUUUGCAAACUUUCAAUUUCAUACCAACUUCAAAUUUCAACGUGCACAUUACAUAUGAUCGAUACAAACUUACUGCUUCCACAGAAAUACAAUCAGUAAGACAUU